AUGGGUGGACGAAAUAUUAGCACGACUAAAAAUGGAAAAUUUAUGAAUCCAACUGAUCAAGCUCGAAAAGAAGCUCGAAAAAAAGAAUUAAGAAAAAAUAAAAAGACACGCUUAUUAGUUCGACAAAGUGUUCUUAAAGGAAAAAAUCCACGAGGUCUUAUUAAUGAAAUGGAACAUCUUGAUCGAAUGGAAUAUGAUCCAGUUAACCCAGCACCGUAUAAUAUCAAAGUUUUACAGGAAAAACGAAAAAAAAUUAAAGAAACAUGGGAUCGAGUUCAUCGAUUGUAUUCGAAAGAUGAACCAGAAUCAGCAACCCAAAUGGAUACAUUAUUAGCUGAAUAUGAACGAGCACGUGCACAACUUAUAACUUGGUUCGAAUCAGUAAAAGAAACUCAACGUGUUACAAUAGAUGAAAUUCCAAUGCCAGAAUUACCUAGUGGACCUCCAGCAUCAUCAGAUGUCAGUGGAUUAUCCACAGAUUAUCCUGAAAUGUCACGGAGUAUUUUGAAACAAAAAGAUUCAACUGAAACAUCGCAACGUAUUUUAAUCACAAGAAAACCACCAGGUGCUCCAUCUGGUCGACCACCAAUUUUGAGUGACAAUGAAGAUAUUAGUGAUGAUGAAGAAGAUACAUCAUCCGUAUCCAAACCACCUCAAAUAAAUGAACGCCGACGUAUUCGUUUUGCUGAUCCAUCAUCAUCCGUUCCACUAACUGCAAAUGUUAGUCGAUGGAGUGAUAACAUUCCUAAUGAAGAACCUGAAUUUGGUGCUCCAGUUAUUACUUCUCAACCACACCAAUAUAAUACAGAACGACCUCUCGUUAUGCCACCACCAUUUCCACCACCACCUCGUGGAAUGAGACUACCACCUCCACCACCUCCACCUGCAUUUUUUGCUGCAAAUCCAAAUGUUCGAAUGCCUCCAAAUAUUCGAGCAUCAUAUCCUCCCAAUCUAUCAUCAUCAUCAUCAUAUAAUUCAAAACUAGUCCGUCAUCAACCACCCAAUGUAUUCAGUGCACCACCAAGUCUUAUUACUAAACCACCAUCACAAACAUCUAUACCAUCUACUACUGUAGCUCCAGUAUCAUCCAAACCUAGUAUGACAUUUGAAGCUAAACCUCAAAUUAGAGCACGACAAGAUGUAACAAAAUUCAUUCCAACUGUUCUCAAAGUUAGACGAGGUGGUACAGGAAAUAAUAGUAAUAUAAAAAGUACAGAUAAAAUCGGUGGAAUGCACUCAAUAUCUCGUUUUGAUGAUCCACUAUCGAUGAGAGGACGAAUAGGAAAUACUUCCAGUACGACAAAUCAACAUUUAAUAAUGCCUGGACCAUCAACUGAUGAUGCAUAUGAUACAUUUAUGAAAGAAAUUAAUCAAUUGGCUUAA